GUGAUUUGGGGCUUUUCAGAGUAGUGGGUGGUGCUGAUAGAGGCGGCAUCAUCGUCCGUUCAGAACGCGAGCUUGGCUCUGAUGCCGUAGCCCGCCUCUCUGCUGGUGCAUUGGUUAAGGGCUUGGAGUGCCAUGAGGGCCGCCUCUUGUAUGAGCUUGUCCAGGGCGAUGGCCCUUCCAAGGGCUGGGUCACCAUGAACCUCAGGGGCAAGGAUCUCUUGGUGAAGGCCAGCACAGUUACAUCUGAGGAGUCUACGGCCGAAGGCAGCACAGACAGCGACCCUGACAGCCCAAAGGCCCUGGUUGAGGCUGAAGCCACACAAGAUGAGAAGGGCGAGAAGAUCAGUCCUGAUGAGCGAGAAGCACUCCAUCGAUAUGAAUCCAAGUUCAACGAAGUGCGAGAUGGGAUUCAUGCAGGCUACAAUCGAAAGUCUUUCCCAUGGGCUUUGCCUCAGAAGGUCAAAGAAACAUCUGAGGAUGUUAUAAAAGCCGCAGAGGCCUUCAAGGAAAAGCGCCAGAGAAAAACACGCUAUUGGGACGUGGAUUCCGAUGGUGAGGAGGUUACUCUGUGCCCCCGAUGCUUCAUGCCACUUGGAGAGUCUGCCUAUGAGGGAAAGCAGAAGAGCACCUUUGUGCAUCCUGAGUGCAUGGCGCAGGUUAUGAUUGAGGAAAUGCAGGAGCAGGAGGCUGAGUUCCUCAAGGAGCAGAAGGAAAAAAAAUUGAAGAAUCGACAAGAGCACGAUAUCGGAUGGUGCCCAUCCACAGUUCCCAGCAAUUCCUCAUUGGCGGAGCGGUUUGGACUGAAAGCGAAUGGCCUCACCUGCCUCGUCUGGGAUGAGGCCACCCGGAACGUCAAAGUUGCUGCCACAUUGGAGCCAUCAGCAGCGGUAAACCUCGAGUACUUGGCACUGGCUUUGAAGGUACGUCGCCAGGAGAGACGGGAGCCGCUCUUCUCUUUGGACCCGGUGGAUCCGCAGAACAUGGAAACGACUACGCAGAAGAAGCGCUAUGAGCCUCAGUGGCUGGCCGGCACCAGUGUCGGGGACGUCAUGUUCCAGGCUGACUACUUCUUGAAGGAGUUGGCCUUAGGCGAGUAUACCAUGCCAGUGGUUGGUAUGCUCAGUGUCUUUGACUGGUCAGAGGCCUUAGAGCUGCAUCACCAACCAUGGGCUGGCCGUGAAUGGUUUGUAGUGAAAAAGGCUCAGGUCCAGAUGGCGGAGGACAAGACUCUGAUUCCCCUCGUGAAGAUGGGGGUCGAGGCCAGAGAGCAGAUCCUGACGGCCAACGGCCUCCAGGAUACUGCAAUCACAAGUGCCAGCCAUCCUCUUCGGCGUUUUGCGGAUGCCUUCACUCGAAACUUUGACCUCAUUGCUGAGCGGAAGAGUGUAAUCUUCCACUUGCGUGAGCUUGCAAAGGCCUCCGUGAUGGCAAAAUUCCUGGUGGACUCCGGCGCAUGCUUGGAUGAGCUGUGGCAAACUGUUGCAGAGGAGAUCGUGACAAACACCACCCCGGAGGAACACUCGGAGAUUCCACAACUCUGGAACAUGCGUGGCCUUUCUCGAAUCCGACUCGAGAAUGGCAAGAUUAUUGACAAUGAGACAGGCAGUGUCAGCAACCUGCAUGCGAUCUAUGGCGGCGUUGAAUUUGGCUUGGAUCGGUUCGAGCUAGCACAGCGCCAUGCCUUGCGACCGGGCGUCCCAGGUGUUCCUGGAAUGGCCAUGCAACAAGCCGGGCUUCAAGGUAUGCAGCUUGGACCCUCCGGUCGGCCGAUGUUCAUGCCACAGCGAUUCCAGCUUACACAGCGUGGGGAGAUGCCUCAGGGUGUUGACUUGGAUCUGGAUAAGUUCAACUUGUCGGAUGUGGAUCACAUGGGCAGCUGGGCUGCCUGCAGCGGCGGGGCAGAGUCCUUGGAGGCUCGUGUGCAACUUGGCAAGGCAUUCCUGAAAGGCCUGAGAGAAGGGUAUCAGACGAUCAAGGAUGAAGACAAGGAGUUGCUGGAAGGCAUCUUCAACGCAGCCCUGGCGGACCGUACACAGGAAGGCGAUCGCUUCAUCCCGCCAAAUCCCAACACGUCAUACAUUGUCAAGCUGCGGAAUCUUGUGAACGAGGAGAAAUCACUCCUGAAAAAGAGGAAGUUGGCGUUUUGCGACCGCUCCUUCUUGCCUUCUCAUGCUGGGCCAGAAUUCCCUCGCUCGUGGACUUCUGGUUUCAAGCUUGAGAAUGGAUUCUCACCUGCUGUACUGAUGAAAUUGAAAUCAUCCAUGGUGCAGUUGCAGGUUGAUGCGAACUUUGAGCAAACUCUAUUCAGCGAUGUGUUGCCAUCUGCAGCACCAGAAUUCCAAAAGAGCACAGAAGAUGGGACUGUCUUCCGCAUCUAUCGCUUGGGAAGUCUGGAAGUUCGCACCAUCCAAGAGCCUGAGGGAAACGAACAGAUUGGAGUUGUGUUUUCCUCUCGGGCACCCACUUGGGACUUGGCUUCUGGUAAGUCCAGGCCUGGCAAACCAAUCCGUGAUGACGAGAAGAUUGUGCGGGGUUCCAUCUAUGUGGAGGCCAUUGAUGUCGAGACAUCUCGACGUUUGGAUCAGAAAUGGUCAAGCAAACGUUUAGAUUAUUGUCAUCACUAUGUGGUUUUGGAGACGGAAGAGCAGAACGUCAUUGUGACAGAGAAACUUCCCGAUGGCAGCACCAUGAUGGUGGUGAAUCCAGAGGGCGUGGAGGAUCGCAACUCUCUGGCCAAACUCAUGGCCACAGCAGAGGAUUGCAAAGACAUGGACGUUGCAGUUGGCAAGGUGAAGCUGCUUCAAAUCAACCAUCAUCGAAAGGACCCCGAAGGUGCAAGUCCGUCGUUGCGCAAACGCUAUGCCAAGGCGGUCUUUUGCAUGUUGCGGCGCCAGGUGCGCAAAACAAAGGGCCUGGACCGGCGGCCGUAUACCUCGCGCAAGCAGGUAGUUGACAAGGAGAAGUCAAAGUGA